AAAUAUCAUACAAUGUCCCUCACGUGCUGGCUUGUGAUCAAAUUGUAUGAUGAAUUUCUCAAGUGGGAUCCCAGUGAUUUUGAAGGAUUGAAUGAUUUCACUACGGACACAACAUCGAUCUGGUUUCCUGAUCUGAGCGUUGUGAACAUGAAAAGUUCCAUGCACUACUAUUAUCCACCUGGAGUGGCAGUGGUAUCUCCUAAUGGGGAAGUAUACACCGAAAGCUUCCCUUAUUACCAGAGCACCUGUGAUUUGGACAUGACAAAUUGGCCAUAAGAUGUUCAAACGUGCAGCUUCUUGCUUGCUUCCAGAUAGUUUGUGAUGAAAGAAUUGGAUUUGACAUUGCUGAAUGUGGUGAGUACUAGCAAUAUUAUAAUUAGCAAAUUUAAUUCAACCUUUUUCCAUUUUUUGAGAAAUGAACAUAUUCUCUUUUCAAAAUACAAAGAACCCUGCAAAUAUGAUAUUGUGUGCAACUGAAACCUUUGAUUGAUUUGAUUCAAACAGUCUGGAAUUUUAAUAAUUGAACUAAUAGGACGUUGACAUACCGUAAUCUUUUCAUAU